GAUUUGUGGAGUCUAUGAUGAGCGUGAAGGCUUCAUCUCGCAGGUUCCUAUGGCAACUGAUCAAACUCUUCUUGACAUGAGCUCUGCGCGCGUCCUGUGCUUGUGUACAGCAAGAACGCAGUGGCGCGCGGAUCAGCGGGAAUGCGCACUGAACUGCAGUGCACGCCUGUCCGUGACAGAAGACUUUACAGCAGAGUGGAUUCAUACUUUGGGUGUACCAGCAACAUCUAAAAGACAGUUUGACAAGAAGAAUUUUGAGGCAGGCAGGUGAAUUUAGACGAUCACAGGAAGCUGACCAUCAACACCUCCUCAUGAUGCACAUGAACAGCUUGUUGAACCGAUGGAAUGAGAUCUCCAAGAUGUGUGAGGUGGGUGACACUCCAGAACCGGUCAGUCCCACGCUGCUCAAUGAGUCCACAGACACCUUCUGGCAGACCGACUGCUGGCACAGACUCCGCACCACCGUCCGUAAACUAGAGUUCUGGGAAGACUUCAGUGCAGAACUUAUCGGAACCGGCUUCUUCUCCAAGGUCUUCAAGGUGAUACAUGGCACCACCAAGAAGGUUAUGGUAGUGAAGAUCUAUAAGAAUGACGUGGAUCAGAACAGCAUCGUGAGGGAGAUCAGUCUCCUUCAGAAACUCUCCCACCCCAACAUAGUGAGGUACCUGGGGAUCUGUGUCAAGGAGAACAAGCUGUAUCCAAUUCUCGAGUAUGUGAGCGGAGGCUGUCUGGAGGAGCUGCUGGCCAGGCAUGACGUCAGCCUCUGCUGGAGAGAGAAGAUUGAACUGGGCUGUGAUAUUAGCCGAGGAAUGACCUAUCUCCACUACAAGAACAUUUACCACAGAGAUCUCAACUCUAAGAACUGCCUAAUCCGCGUGACCUCGCGUGGCAGGGAGGCUGUGGUCACUGACUUCGGGCUGGCUAGAGAAGUGGGGGAUCUGCCCGCAAAAGGUCCCGACAGGAAGUUGUCUCUGGUGGGGUCGCCCUUCUGGAUGGCCCCUGAAAUGCUUCGAGGAGAGCCGUACGACCGCAAGGUUGAUGUCUUCUCUUUUGGGAUCAUGUUGUGUGAGAUCUUAGCAAGAAUCCCUGCAGACCCAGAAGUGCUGCCCAGGACACAGGACUAUGGGCUGGAUGUGGAAUCGUUCAGAGAGCUGGUGCAGGGCUGCCCUGAGCGGGUUCUGGAACUCUCUGCCAGCUGUUGUCAGAUGGAUGCAUUCCGAAGGCCUUCCUUCUCUGAUCUCCUGGAUGAGCUAGAGGACAUCGCUGAGACCCUAGAGCCACCAGACAACAUCAUAACCACUGGGUGAUCUCCACAAAUACCUCCUAACAAACCCUGGACUGAAGGAUUUAAGGGACUGUGCUAAAUAAGAGCGUGCAGCAGUGGACCGUGACUAGCACUCUGUUCUCCAAAGAGGGGAAUAUAGAGGGGAAUGUCUGGUGAUUGAGGACAAAAUCACUCAACUGAAUGUCCGUUCUUGAGCCCUCCCUGCAGCGUGCGA